UUGUGUCCUUAUCUCCAACCUUUUUGUCUUUGUUCCUUUCUGGUCCCGUUUCUACUUGUUCAUUCCCCACUUUUUUAGCUUUUAGACCCCUCCACUUCUCUCACUCCUCAUGUCUUCUUCUUCCUCCUCCUCUUCUUCUUCAUCACAACCAUCUUCACCUUCAAUUACUCCUUAUGAUGUUCCUUCUUCCUCAAAUGUUGUUACUGACAUUCCUGGUCCUAGCACUUCUCAUCAAUCUGAAGAAGCUCCUUCAUCUUCUUCCUCUCGCCAACGUGCUAUGAAUGAAGUAUGGCUUGAACCUGUUGUUGAAGCAUUGGCUACUCAAGUUGCCAUUGAUGCUUCUCAUUAUCAUGGUCGUCUUGCUGCUGCUUCUGCUCUUGCCAUUAUUUUUCAGGUUUGUUCAACAUGGAGGGAAGUGUCACGUUCGGAUCUACUGUGGCAGAGGCUCACGAGACGCAUCUGGCGCAGAACAUAUAGAUUGAGGGACACGUGGCAGUUAGAGUACAUCUACUGGCAUCGAACGGCUAGGAACUUUACCACAGGUAGACAUGCUUUAGUGGUCCCACAAUAUGAUCCAGGAGAUCACCACCAAAACCUCAUCUGCCGCUGCCUCACUCUCUCCGACACCCACCUUGCCUGUGGCUUCGUCGACGGUAGUGUCCGACUCUUCGAUCUCCACACCGGUGCACAUGUUAGCACAUUUUGGUCCAACCAUGGUCUUCUAUUUGGCCCGUUCUCACAAUCCGUUUCAGGAAUUGUAAUUGGAAGCUCUACUCUCGCCUUCGCGAGAUUAGAUGGAGAUGUCUACAUUGCUAUUAUAAAUGGGCCUGGACCAAUACCCGGGCCCAUUCCUGCACGACGGGCAAUUAUUGGUGAUGUUGUUAAUAACGGAGUAUUAGUAGAAUUUGCCGGCUCUAGUCGUUGGUGGGUUGGUUUAUAUGCUGGCCAUGCAGGCGGGGCUUUUCAAAUAUGGGACGCGCACACGGAACAGCGCGUGUUCGUUGGCGGUUCAUUAACCGAUCCAGAAACAGUUCAAGGAUGGCAUAUGUUAACCGAAUUAGUUGAACCGGUCGGUCGAGUCCGAGUCACCGAAAGAGAAUUUGUAGUAGCUUGCACAAGUACAAGAUUAGUUUGUUUCAACUUAAGAAACCCAGAGGUUCUAUUACGUGAUGUAGUGUCCACGACAGGAUUCAUUGUUGGAUCAUUGGAUGUUAGCCAUGAGGUUUUUGUUGUGGUGGAAAGAAGUGGUGUUGGAACUGUUAGGCGCGUGAAUAAUUUCGAGCGCGUGAGUAGGUUUAGAUUAAGGGCUUCAUGGUUAAGAGGUUUAUUAGUGUGCAUGAAUUUGGGGUAUGUUAUAACCUAUUCUGGUGGGUCUGGUUUGUUGAGAGUGUGGGACAUACAUGAACCUGCGGCGCGAUUGUGCAUCACGCUCCCAGUUAGAGAUGAUGGAGAAGGACAGGUUAAUGGUAAUAGCAUGGUUGCAAAUCAAACUCACGUGGCUAUAUCAUUUAAUGAUUCUUCUAUACAUUUAUUGGAUUUUAGUGUACAGUAAUAUUUGAAUAAGCUCAAGCAUUUAUCCCAUUAUAGAGUAUUUUUAGG